CCGCCCUCGCGCAAUGACGUUGGUUAGGAAGAGUGAAGUCGAAUUCAUUUUAAACAGUGCUGUCUUUUCCUAUGUUCGAAAGGAAGCACCUUUUCAUCUCUCCUUGACCCGAUGAUGUUUUCCACAAAGGUUAAGGAAAGGAGGAAUAAAGGUUAGGAGAUUUGACUUUUCGAAGAAUCCCCUUGUCCAGGGCGAACUCAAAUCGCCGGCAGAAUGGGGGGGGGCUACCCAGUCUAAGGAGAGUCAUGAUAAAGAAACGAAACUUAAGGUUCAUAGAAACGAAAGUAACUCCACCGGAUAGCAGUUCUCUCUUUCAGAAGGAAAAUAAAAUACAUUUUGGAACAAAUAGUCUGACAGACAGAAACUACAACACGGAAUGGCCUCUGCUACUUCCUGGUCUGAAGAUGACUUUUUAUGUUCCAUCUGUCUGGAUGUGUUCAGCAGCCCCGUUUUCACCCCAUGUGGACACAACUUCUGCAGAAUCUGUAUUACAAAGUUCUGGGAUGCACAAGUCCAGUACAAAUGUCCUGUUUGCAACGAGCUCUUCCACACUAGACCUGAUGUACGUGUCAAUACCUUCAUAUCAGAGAUGGCCGCUCAGUUUAAAACGUCUGUACGAGUAAAAGAGCAGCCUUGUGUUGAACCAGGAGUAGUUCCCUGUGACAUCUGUACUGGGACCCAGCUGAAGGCCGUCAAGUCCUGCCUAGAGUGUUUUACCUCUUACUGCCACACCCACCUGGAGCCACAUCAGAGAGUCACAGGCCUGAAGAAACAUCAGCUGGUCGAGCCAAUGGACCGUCUGGAAGAAAGGAUGUGUAAGAAACAUGAACGACUUCUGGAGCUCUUCUGCAGGACUGAACAGGUGUUUGUGUGUCAGUUCUGCACAGAGGGUGACCACAGGUCCCAUCCUGUUGUACCUCUAAAGGAGGAAUAUGAAGUGAAGAUGGCCCAGCUGGCAAAGAUAGAGGAGAUGAUCCAGGAGAGAAAACUAAAGAUUAUGGAGAUCAAAGGCAGAGUAAGAAAUGGUAAAAAAGACGCAGACAGGGAGCUAGCUGAUGGUUUGCAGGUCCUCGCCGCUCUCAUACGCCAUGUUGAGAAGUGCCGCGAUGAUUUCAACCAAAUGGUUAAAGAGAAACUGAAAUCCACUGAGAAACACGCUGAAGACCUCAUCAAAGAGCUGGAGCAGGAAAUCGAGGUUUUGACCAAUAGAAGUUCAGAGGUGAAGCCGCUCUCACACACUAAAGACCACCUCCACUUCCUCCAGGCCUUCAGAUCCCUGAAGGAUCCCCCACCCACCAGGGACUGGACGACGGUGGAGGUCCGUCCUCCGUCAUACGUAGGGACCUUGAGGAGAUCUCUGGAUCAGCUGGAGGAGACACUGAACAUGGAGAUGAAGAAGUUGAGUAGUCCCGCUGAAUUGAAGAGGGUCCAGCAGUAUGAAGUUGAUGUGACUCUGGAUCCUGACACAGCUCAUCCCCUGCUCACCGUGUCUGAGGAUGGGAAACAAGUACAUGAUGGAGAUGAAGGGAAGAAACUCCCAGACAACCCUAAGAGAUUUACAUGGUAUCAAUGUGUUCUCUCGAGGCAGAGCUUCUCCUCAGGGAGAUUUUACUUUGAGGUCCAGGUUAAGGACAAGGCUGUAUGGCGUUUAGGAGUGGCCAGAGUGUCAAUCAAUAGAAAGAAUCCCAUCUCAUUGACCCCUAAGAAUGGCUACUGGAUGAUAUUAUUCAAAAAGGAUGAGUUGGUAUUUCAUGAUGAUCCUGAUGUCCGUCUUCCUCUGAGAGCUAAGCCCAAGAAGAUGGGGGUAUUUGUUGAUUAUGAUGAGGGUCUGGUCUCCUUCUUUGAUGUGGAAGCCAGGGUUCAUAUCUACUCUGCUACUGGCUGCACCUUUAGAGAGCCUCUCUAUCCAAUCCUCUGUCUUUAUUCAAUUCUCUUUAGAAACUCUGCCCCCCUGAUCAUCUCACCUGUCAAUCAAACAGACUAAGGCACUGUUUGAUAUUGAAAUAAACAAACAACCACAACAACUAAUGAUAUUUCCUGAAUAAGAAUCUCUGCUAUUAUAGAUCUGAGAGAACUGCCUAAAUGUUGUACUGUUGUAAUUUAAAAAGGAUGAAAAUAAACCAGACCAUCAUAAUUGUAGCCCAUUCUAAAUUAUUAUCUUCCACUAUA